CAAGUCAUGUGGCUAACACAGACAAGAAUUAAUUAAUUAAAUAAUAUGGAUUAAUUUAAGAUGUAAGAGUUAAUUAAAAAUAUGCAUAAGCUACUGGUCAAACUUUUAAUUGAUAUAGUUUAUAUGUUAUUAUUUUGGUCUGGGCAGCCAGGAAACAAAUGAACAGCCAUUGCUUACACAACUCCAUAGCACAUGUCUAUAGUUUCUUGCUCUUAGGUCAAGAUGGUAGAUAGAGACAGAAUGUCCUAAAAAGUUAUGAGCCACCUUGCCUGGAUUGCACAGUGAGGCAUACAUAAUAAAAGGGAUCCUGCCUCAAAUGAGGUGGAAAGUGAGAGAUGACUCCAGCAGUUGUCCUAAAUUCCACAUACACAUUGCAGUAUGUGUCCGUCUGCAUUUAUACACAUAUACAUAUAUAUAUAUAUAUACAUUUCACAUAUAUAUAUAUAUAUGUGAAAUAAAUUCUUUUAAAUUAUCAGUUAGUCCCAUUUAUCUUAAGUCCUAGUAUUGUUCAGAUGGCAAGCAUUAGCCAGAUAUCAUGGCAGGCAAUAGAUCCCAGUUUGUAAACAUUUUCCAGUUUUAAACUGUCAUUUAAAAAAAAAAAUCUUUUCUAGAGUCUCACCAUCUUUAUGUUUGGACUGAACCCAUGACAUUUUCAUUCAAAUGUUUCUAGUGAAAAACUGGUAGUUAUUUAAAUUAGCCUGAUGUGCUUAAUUAUUCUGCCUCCCUGUCAUAAAGGUUUUACAGUUUCUGUUCUCUGUUCUCGUUUGCUUUUGAGUGAUUUCAUAUAAUCUUUGAUGUACUUCUUAUACAGGGUGCCCGAGCAGCCAGGACACUACAGGGUGGCGAGGGGAGCCAGCGGAACAGGUUGAUGCCUGUUUAUGUCUUAUCUCCACAAUUCCUAACAGGUUAGGGUAGCCAAUUAUCCAGCUACUGGUAACUCUGGUUAGCCAAAAACUUGUUGCAUUUUCUUCUUUUUUAAAGUUAAUUUAACAGUCUGUGCUGAGACAUAUAGGGUAGCACAUAGCUGGGCUACAUAAGAAUCUGCUUCAAAACAAACAACAAAAGAUUCUAUGUGUUUAAUAUAUUAGUACAUUAUUUUUAUAAAAGAGUUCUCCUGGGAAUGUAGUUGACAUGGUAUAGUGCUUACCUAGCAUUCAUGGAUGUGGUCUUAGCACUUGGGAAAUGGAGCCAGAGGAUCAGGAAUUCAAAGUCAUCCUCAGAGAUAUAAUGAGUUAGGGGCCAUCCUGGUCUAUAUGACCUGUCCCCUCCCACUUCCCCCAAAAGUCAAACAUUGACAAGGCUUGAGGCUACUUUGCUCAACCAGUUCCUAUCCACUGCUUCUUUAAAGAUUUUGUAAUUCCUUACAUUGUACAUUUAUUUACCUUUAUAUAGAACUUCAUAUUUCACAACAUACAUAUAUUAUAUGUAAUUAUUCUCUUGUUUUUGUUUAAGAGCGGGUCUUGCUGUGCAGCAGGAAACGCUGGCCUGCAACUCUGCAUUUUCCUUUACAUCCUGAGUACUAGUAUUAUAGAAGUGAGACACCACAUGCCUAGUGGUCUCCUCUGUUUUUUUAUAACUGCUUAUAGCAAUAACCACUCCAUAACUAAUAAAGAAAUUUUCUCAUAGCCAUGCCUCAGAGACUUGAAUGUGAAGUAAAAGGGUCAGGCAUCUGAAUACAUGAGUUCAUUUUGUCAAAUUCCAUCCCUGUUUAGCAUCUAGUCCCCAAGUUCACUGGACAUGGCUCCACGUUCACAACGGCGAAAGCACAAGAAACCCCCACCUGUGACUCCCAUGGUUGUAAUCCCACCCACAGAAAUAUCUCCGGAACCUUCAACCCUCUUAAAAGCUGACCCUAGCAUUGAUGCACUUGGCUUCAUUUCCUUGGAUAAUAAUGUACCAGGUCUGUCCCAGUUGAUACUUCAAAAGCUGAACAUGAAAAGCUAUGAAGAAUACAAGUUGGUAAUAGAUGGGGGAACCCCUGUAUCAAGCUUUGGAUUUCAGUGUCCACGAGAAAUGUUCCAGAGGAUGGAGGACACGUUUCGAUUCUGUGCUUACUGUAAAGCACUCCCUUGCAGACUUCCAGAUCACAAGGUUCUCCGGCACUGUAAGAGGUGCAGAAAUGUCUAUUACUGUGAUACAGAGUGCCAGAGGUCAGAUUGGCCAGCACAUAGGAAGGUUUGUCAAGUGCUCCAUCUUGUGGCUGUGGAUCGUGUCAUGGAAUGGCUUCUGGUUACAGGUGAUUUUGUCCUACCCUCAGGACCUUGGCCAUGUCCAGCAGAAGAUAUACACGAUUGGGAUACCUGGUUUACUAUGAGGGGUUUACAGCUAGAGUCUACACUGAAUACUGUUCUAAGUAGCGAUGCUAUGACCAUGCUUUGGGCAAAUCUGGGAAGGCCACAGCCAGAACCUGAUGUUCUGUACAGCUCUUUGAAGCGGUUGAUAACAGAUGUUCUGUCACGGCCCUUGACCCUGGGCCUAGGGCUUCGGACUCUGGCCAUAGAUGUUGGGAAGGCUGGAGGAAGCACAUUGCAUAUAGUUGGUGCUUCCCACGUGGAGACAUUUCUCAUUCGUUCUGGAGAUUAUGAUGAGCUUGGCUAUAUGUUUCCUGAACAUCUUGGCCUCCGUGUGAUCAUGGUGGGUGUGGAUGUGGGUGCUAACCUUUUACAGAGUUCCUCACCUUCACCCCUGGAGCCUGGAACAAUUCAGCUUAGUGGCCACAAGGCUCUGUAUCAUGACUUCUGGGAGGAGCAGAUAGAGACUGGGAAUCUAGCCCAUCCAGAUUUGGUGGCUGCAUUCCAUCCAGGUUUUCAUGCCUCUCCAAUCUUGAUGGAAGCUUGGCUACCUACCCUGCUGCUACUUCGUGACCAUGAGAUUCCAACGUUGAUUACUGUUUACAGCCAACAGGAAUUGGAAGCCUCUUUGCAGAUUCUGGUGAACUUGGAUACACACAUCAUUGCUUGUGGAGCUAAUCCUUUCACAUCCCUCAAACCUGAACAGGUUUAUUCUAACCCUAAUAAGCAGCCAGUUUACAGCAGUGCUUACUACAUCUUGUUUCUUGGAAGUUCCUCCUGCCAACUAGAGAAGCAAUUAGAAGAAAAAGCAGAUGGCUUUUCAAUAAUUGAACCAAAUCCUAACUUGAAAAAUGGAAGCUUAUUCAAAUUACCACAUUGAUGUCGAAUUGUUGCCAGCUUUGAAAUCUUCUGAAUGCUAAACCUUGUUCAGUCCAAGUAAAGAUUCUAUACCAAUGAACGCUCAGUAUGACAAGACUCAUUUCUGAUGUUACCCUAGUCCUGAGAGUUGAACACAGGGCUUUGUACAUGCUAGGCAUGUGCUUUACCAUUGAGUUAUGUUCCCAGCCGUCUGUUGUAAUUUGUUUUUGUUUGCUUGUUUUGAGACAGGCUGUCAUGAAGUAGCCAAGACUGGCCUUGAAUUUACUAAGGUCUGCGUCAGCCUCACAAGUAGGAGGGGUUUCAAGCUUGUACAAGCUUGUACAAGAAGCCUUGUACAAGCUUGAUUUAACUUGUGUCUAAAAAGUUAGCUAUGAUAGGUGUGUGUGUGUAAGUGUGAAUGUCUCACUUUUUUGGUUUUGUUUUGUUUUGUUUUUGGUAGUCUUCAACAAAGUCGGAACUAUAUAUGCAUUUGCACUGCACAUUGGUAUGUUGGGGCUUCUUAAAUCACUUGUUUUGUUUUCUAUUUACAGUCACAUAUUACUCACCUGCACAA